GCUGCAGGUACUCUAUCUGCGUUUUCUUUCCGCGGCCUCCAACAACCAAGCUCUGCGUCGGAUAUAUUACUAGACCCUCUCUACCAGACUACCUCUAGCGACCUACACGGGAGAAAGAAUUGCCUCCACCGGAACCCUCAGCCGUCUAUCCAGCGCCGCCGCCCAACAUGCCUGCCCGCACGCUCCCGACCAUCCCGACCGCCGAUGUCCGCGCGCACAACACCGAGCAAUCAUGCUAUGUCACGAUCGGCACCAAAGUCUACGACGUGACGUCGUUCCUGUCGGACCACCCUGGUGGCGGCGACCUGAUACUCGAGCAUGGCGGGAAAGACGUGGGUGCGAUCAUGCAGGAUGAGGUGUCGCAUUUGCACAGCGAAGCGGCGUACGAGAUCCUGGAUGAGAGCUUGAUUGGCUUCUGUCCGAGCGAGGAGAUUCUGAACGGCGCGGCGAAGAGUGGGAAGCCGGCGGAGAUUGUGCCGCUGCCGCCGAGUGAGGAGGGGAGGAAGGAGCUUAAUGACAUGGCUAUGAAUGGAGGGCAGAAACCGCUGUACGAAGCGACGGGAAUGUCGUCGGAGGAUGAUCUCUCAAAGGAAACGGACGUCACGACAGACUACCAGACACACAAGUUCCUCGACCUCUCGCGGCCCUUGUUCAUGCAGGUCUGGAAUGGCGGGUUCCAGAAGGACUUCUACCUCGAGCAGGUGCAUCGGCCAAGGCAUUAUAGGGGCGGAGACUCGGCGCCGCUGUUUGGCAAUUUCCUCGAGCCGUUGAGCAAGACACCGUGGUGGGUUGUGCCUACGCUGUGGCUGCCGCCUGUGGCGUAUGGGACGCUGUUGAGCGUGAGGAGUCUGGGCGUGGUGCAGGCUACAGCGUAUUGGUGGACGGGAGUCGCUAUUUGGACGCUGGUGGAGUACGUGCUGCAUAGGUGUUUGUUUCAUUUGGACUACUACCUUCCCGACAACCGCGUAGGCAUCACGGCGCACUUCCUCCUCCACGGCAUCCACCACUACCUACCCAUGGACAAAUACCGGCUCGUCAUGCCGCCGACCCUCUUCCUCGUGCUCGCGACGCCCUUCUGGAAGCUUGCGCACACAAUCUUCUUCUACAACUGGUACGCGGCCGUCACCGUCUACUGCGGCGGUAUCUUCGGAUACAUCUGCUAUGACAUGACGCACUACUUCUUACAUCACCGCAAUCUGCCCGCGUGGUAUCGAGAGCUAAAGAAGUAUCACCUCAAGCACCACUUUGCGGAUUACCAGAAUGGGUUUGGGGUUACGAGUCGGUUCUGGGAUUGGGUGUUUGGGACGGAGCUGGAGAUGAGUGCGCCGAAGGUUAUUAAGACCAAUUGAGAAGGUGUGGACUCCUGCAGUGUCUAUAGUUGAUGAUGCGGCACGUACACAGGUAUUUAGGAGGCGUUGCAGAUGGCUUUGUACGAGUACUCGGGCGGUGUUUGGGA